UGGGUUCAUGGAAUUGCGAUUGAAAAUGGAUAUGUUACGUUGAUAACAAAGUCAGAUUAUGGUGGGAAUGGAAGCAGAAAAGCUUAUGUCAUGUUGGGGUGCGAGAAGCAUGGUAAAUAUGUUCCUUAUAGAGACCCUGACCUUGUUGAAGGGACGAGAUCACAAAAGACAGGUUGUCCUUUUAGACUAAAAGGACGACCUAGGAAAAAUGGCAUAGAUAGAGAUUGGCGGCUAAAGGUGAUGGAAGAUAUACACAACCAUGAACCAGCUAGGUCACUACUUGGGCACAAUUUUGUUGGUCGUCUAAAACCCGGAGAGAAGGAGCAAGUGGGAAAAAUGACAAGGAGUUGGGUUCCACCGAGAAAGAUGUUGUUGACUUUGAAGGAAAACAAUCCUUCAAACUUGACUACCAUAUCUCAGAUUUAUGGUGUUUGCAAGAGGUUAAGAAAAUCCCUCCGCGGGGGAUUGACAGAAAUGCAACACUUGUUGAAGAAGUUGGACGGUGACAAGUAUGUCCACUUUGAAAGACAUGAGCCUGGAUCGGAAGUCAUUAGGGAUGUAUUUUGGGCUCAUCCAAAUGCUAUCAAACUGUUCAACACAUUUCCAUAUGUAGUGAUUAUGGAUUGCACAUACAAGACAAACAAAUAUGCAAUUCCCUUGCUUGAGAUUGUUGGACUGACUUCCACAGAUAAGACAUACUCCAUAACCUUUUGCUACAUUGUUAAUGAGGGCACAGAUGACUACGUUUGGGCACUGGAGUGUAUGAAGUCUCUAUUAGCUGAUCAAGCCAUGUUGCCUAAGGUGAUUGUUACUGACAGGGAUCUUGCCUUAUUGAGUGCUGCUAAGCAAAGCCUUCCUAACACUACACAUUUAUUAUGCUUGUGGCACAUCAACAAGUGUGUUUUGGCAAAGUGCAAACUCUAUGUUGGCACAGAUGAUUUUGCUGAGUUGGUUAUGAUGAAGUGGGCAGAGGUGGUGGAUGCUGCAACAGUUGAAGAAUUUGAAGUGAAAUGGAUGCAAUUGUUUAAUAUGUGCAAGGCAAAAUACAGCAACUUUACCUCCUAUUGUUCUACUACAUGGUUGGUUCACAAGGAGAAAUUCGCCAAGGCAUGGACAAAUCAUGUGAUGCACUUUGGAACAACAACAAGUAACAGGGCUGAGGGUGCACAUGCCAGUUUGAAGAAGAUGUUACGGGAUUGCAAGGGUGACCUGGCCACUUCAUGGGAUGCGUCGCAUAGUUUGACAUGUAAUCGACAUACUGAAAUAUUAGCAUCGUUUGAGCGCAGUAUUCACAGAAUUGAUCACAUUUUCAUGUUCCCAUUUUACACAAAUAUUAGAGGAUUUGUGUCAAACAAAUGCCUGCAGCUCAUCGACGAUGAACAUAUAAGAAUGAAGUCCUACGGCGGAUGCGAUUGCUUGUUGAGAGAGACUCAUGGACUACCUUGCGGUUGUGAACUUGCAGGUCACCGGUCAACCACUCUCUUGUCAAUUAAUUCUAUUUGUUAUUGAAAGUGACA